CCUGCGCUUCGCUCGCUGCCGCCGCUGCUGCCGCUGCCGCCGCCCGACACUCGCGCACAGCCGUUAUGGCGGACCCCGCAGCCCCAGCGCCUGCAGUUCCCGCUCUCGCCCAGGCCCCAGCCCCGGCCUCGGACGCGGCCCCGGCCCCGGACGCGGCCCUCGGCCCGGCCUCAGCCCCCGGCCCGGACUCGGUCUCCGGGCCGUCCUCGGACUCUGGCCCCGAAGCCGGCUCACAGCGCCUGCUGUUCUCGCACGACCUGGUGUCGGGCCGUUACCGCGGCUCGGUGCACUUCGGGCUGGUGCGCCUCAUCCACGGCGAGGACUCGGACUCGGAGGGCGAGGAGGAGGGCCGCGGGAGCUCGGGCUGCUCGGAGGCCUGCGGCCCCGGGCACGAGGAGGGCCGCACCAGCCCGCUGCGCCGCGGCUACGUGCGUGUCCAGUGGUACCCGGAGGGCGUCAAGCAGCACGUGAAGGAGACCAAGCUGAAGCUGGAGGAUCGCUCAGUGGUCCCUCGAGACGUGGUCCGGCACAUGCGCUCCACCGACAGCCAGUGUGGGACGGUGAUCGAUGUGAACAUCGACUGUGCGGUGAAGCUCAUCGGCACCAACUGCAUCAUCUAUCCUGUCAGCAGCAAGGAUCUACAGCACAUCUGGCCUUUCAUGUAUGGAGACUACAUUGCCUACGACUGCUGGCUGGGAAAAGUCUAUGAUUUGAAGAACCAGAUCGUCUUGAAACUGUCCAACGGUGCCAGGUGCUCCAUGAACACAGAAGACGGGGCCAAGCUCUAUGAUGUCUGUCCCCAUGUCAGUGACUCGGGCCUCUUCUUUGAUGAUUCCUACGGCUUCUACCCGGGCCAGGUGCUCAUCGGCCCAGCCAAGAUCUUCUCCAAUGUCCAGUGGCUGUCCGGGGUCAAGCCCGUGCUCAGUGCCAAGAGCAAGUUCCGAGUGGUGGUGGAAGAGGUACAGGUGGUGGAACUCAAAGUCACCUGGAUCACCAAGAGUUUCUGUCCAGGGGGCACGGACAGCGUCAGCCCCCCGCCCUCAGUCAUCACCCAGGAGAAUCUAGGCAGGGUGAAGCGUCUCGGAUGCUUUGACCAUGCUCAGCGGCAGCUGGGGGAGCGCUGUCUGUAUGUCUUCCCAGCCAAGGUAGAGCCGGCCAAGAUUGCCUGUGAAUGUCCAGAAACAAACUGCGCCCAGGGGGAGGGCUCUAUGGCCAAGAAGGUGAAGCGCCUGUUGAAGAAGCAGGUUGUGCGGAUCAUGUCCUGCGCCUCUGACACCCAGUGUACCCGCGACCACUCCACUGAGGACCCGGACAAGAGUGGGGCUUUCAAGGCCAGGAGUGAGCCGGGAUCCGCCAGCCCCGAGGAGAUGCCUGACGGCUCCACCAGCCCAGUGGAGGUGCCAGAUGAGGGUCCCGAGGAGCCCCCCGAGGCUGGCGAGCAGCUGCCCCCCUUCCUACUGAAGGAGGAUGGAGAUGACCGGCUGCACUCGGCCGAGCAGGACGCAGAUGACGAGGCUGCCGAUGACACAGAUGACACUAGCUCAGUGACCUCCUCCGCCAGCUCCACCUCCUCACAGAGCGGCAGCGGCACGAGCCGCAAGAAGAGCGUCCCCCUGUCCAUCAAGAAUCUGAAACGGAAGCACAAGAGAAAGAAGAGCAAGACCACUCGUGACUUCAAGCCAGGAGACAGGGUGGCUGUGGAGGUGGUGACCACCAUGACCUCGGCAGACGUGAUGUGGCAGGAUGGCUCAGUGGAGCGCAGCGUCCGCUCCAACGACCUCGUCCCCGUGCACCACUUGGACAACAAUGAGUUCUGCCCAGGAGACUUCGUGGUGGACAAGCGAGUCCAGAGCUGCUUAGACCCUGCUGUGUAUGGCGUGGUGCAAUCUGGGGACCACAUCGGCCGCACCUGCAUGGUGAAGUGGUUCAAAUUGCGGCCGAGUGGGGACGAUGUGGAGUUGAUUGGGGAAGAGGAAGACGUGAGUGUGUAUGACAUCGCCGACCACCCUGACUUCCGCUUCCGCACUACGGACAUCGUCAUCCGCAUUGGCAACACUGAGGACGGGACCCCUCCCAAGGAGGAUGAGCCUUCGGUGGGCCAGGUGGCUCGCGUGGACGUAAGCAGCAAGGUGGAGGUGGUGUGGGCUGACAAUUCGAAAACCAUCAUCCUGCCCCAGCACCUGUACAACAUCGAGUCUGAGAUCGAGGAGUCGGACUAUGACUCGGUGGAAGGCAGCAGCAGUGGAGCAUCCUCAGAUGAGUGGGAAGACGACAGUGACAGCUGGGAGACAGACAACGGGCUGGUGGAGGAUGAGCAGCCCAAGAUCGAGGAGCCCCCUGUCUCAGCCACAGCCCCAGCUGCCCCUGAGGAGGACAAGGGCGUGGUCAUCAGCGAGGAGGCUGCCACAGCCGCCAUCCAAGGGGCAGUGGCUAUGGCCGCCCCCAUGGCAGGGCUGAUGGAGAAAACAGGCAAGGACGGGCCCCCAAAGAGCUUCCGGGAGCUGAAGGAGGCGAUCAAGAUCCUGGAGAGCUUAAAGAACAUGACAGUGGAGCAGCUGCUGACGGGCUCGCCCACCUCGCCCACGGUGGAGCCCGAGAAGCCCACGCGGGAGAAGAAGUUCCUUGAUGACAUCAAGAAGCUUCAGGAAAACCUCAAGAAAACUCUGGACAACGUGGCGAGCGCCGAGGAGGAGAAGAUGGAGGCGCUGCCCGACACAGAGCGCAAGGACGACAAGGUCGAGGCGCAGUCCCCCGUGAAGGCCGAGUGGCCCAGCGAGACCCCCGUGCUCUGCCAGCAGUGUGGUGGCAAGCCGGGCGUCACCUUUACCAGCGCCAAGGGCGAGGUCUUUUCUGUGCUGGAGUUUGCCCCCUCAAAUCACUCUUUUAAGAAGAUAGAGUUCCAGCCUCCAGAGGCCAAGAAGUUCUUCAGCACAGUCCGGAAGGAGAUGGCACUGCUGGCUACCUCACUGCCCGAUGGCAUCAUGGUCAAGACCUUUGAGGACAGAAUGGACCUCUUCUCUGCCCUAAUCAAGGGGCCCACUCGCACCCCCUAUGAGGACGGCCUCUACCUGUUCGACAUUCAGCUCCCAAACAUCUACCCGGCUGUGCCCCCCCACUUUUGCUACCUCUCCCAGUGCAGUGGCCGCCUGAACCCCAACCUUUAUGACAACGGAAAGGUGUGCGUCAGCCUCCUGGGCACCUGGAUUGGAAAGGGAACAGAGAGGUGGACAAGCAAAUCCAGCCUUCUCCAGGUGCUUAUCUCCAUCCAAGGUCUCAUCCUGGUGAACGAGCCGUACUACAACGAGGCCGGCUUUGACAGUGACCGGGGUCUGCAGGAGGGUUAUGAGAACAGCCGCUGCUAUAAUGAGAUGGCGCUGAUCCGUGUGGUGCAGUCCAUGACCCAGCUGGUGCGGCGGCCCCCCGAGGUCUUCGAGCAGGAGAUCCGGCAGCACUUUAGCACCGGAGGCUGGCGACUGGUGAGCCGCAUCGAGUCCUGGCUGGAGACGCACACACUGCUGGAGCGGGCCCAGGUGCUGCCCAACGGUGUCCCCAAGGACAGCAGCUCUCCAGAGCCACCCAUGGGGGCUGAGCUCUCCGACUCCGGCCGAGAAGACCCUGAGGACGGCGGGUUGGCCCCCGACGAGACCUCUCAGGGUUCAGACUCAGAGGGUGGCGGCGCCCAGGGCCCAUCAUCCAGCAGGGACCGCGUGGAGCAGACUUCGGAGACUGCGCUGGACACAGCCGGGCCUCCCAGUGUCAGACCAAAGAAGCGGAGGAAGAGCUACCGGAGCUUCCUGCCGGAGAAAAGCGGCUACCCUGACCUUGGCUUCCCCCUCUUCCCGCUCUCCAAGGGUUUCAUCAAGAGCAUCCGGGGUGUUCUGACACAGUUCCGGGCAGCCCUGAUAGAGGCGGGCAUGUCUGAGAGCACAGAGAACAAAUAGCUGUCAGCCUCAAGGACUGAGUCACUCGGUGGGGAGAGGCCAGCUGCUGCCUGGGCCCCCCUUCUGGAGCCUCCUCUGCCCAUUCCCCUUCCCCAAUGCUAGCC